UGAAAGUCUCACGCGUCUUUCAGUGCCCCGCUUCUAGUCGCUGUUUCCAGCUUGUUCGACUUUAAAAAGUGGAUACCGGGACAUCCCACAUCACGCUAAAACCGGACAACACUUUACCUAAAGCUAAACAGUCGCAAAUACUAACGCCAUUGAAUAUCAGUCAAUUUUUCAAUUCUAACCCAAACCACGUCUCCACAACCAACAUGGAAAACGGCACAUCUACAAAUACCCAGGGUGAGGGUAAGGACCCAUCCGGGUUUCUCUCAGAUAUCAUCGGCAAUCCCGUCACCGUCAAGUUAAACUCCGGUGUCGUUUACAAGGGUGAACUACAAUCUGUUGAUGGGUACAUGAACAUUGCGUUAGAAAAGACCGAAGAGUAUGUGAAUGGCGUAAAGCGAAGAACAUACGGAGAUGCCUUUGUCAGAGGCAACAAUGUCAUGUACAUCUCAGCCGACUCAUGAUGGAUGACUCUCAGUAUUUACUCAUUGGGGCCGUCUUUAAGAAUACCACUUAAGACAUCAGGGAUUCCGAGAGGGCAUAUCACACUGUCCGUCCACGGUCGUAUUUUACGCCUUGCACUUCUCAUUCGGAGGCUACAAGUAUCAGGCGAGGUAUGCGUUUCCGUUUGAUACAUACUCAUGGAUAUGGGAGAAGUUUAGCAUCAUGAUGACUACGAAUUCCUUUACCCUUAAAUCUGAUCAAGAGCAGCAUUUUGUCUCUGUCGCUGGGCAUCUUUGUGACAUGAAGGCUCUUCUACAGUCGAUCCGUCCACAUGAAGAAUGUGAUGCCAUGUACCGCAAAUUGACCCUUCUCAUUCUUUUCAACGUCAUCCCCCUCAAGAACUUCUUUAAAAAGCUUAUUCCAGGCUUCUCGUUCGUCACCCUUGAGCACGGCAAUUUGGCUCAAAGUGUUGAGUCGUAACGACAG